AUGUCUUCCGACACAACAGACGAGGCAUUCGAUGUCCUCAUAGUAGGCGCAGGGAUGUCUGGAAUCUGCACCCUCCAUAGCAUUAGGACCAGGUUCCCCAAUUGGCGCGUCCGCGUGCUGGAUUCGGCGCCGUCGGUAGGCGGCACCUGGUACUGGAAUCGGUACCCAGGCGCCCGCUUCGAUUCCGAGUCCCUCUCAUAUACAUUCUCCUUUGACCAGAAGUUGCUCGACGAAUGGCACUGGAAAGAGCGCUUCUCGGCGCAGCCGGACACUCUCGCUUACAUCAACUUCGUCGCCGACCGCCUUAACCUGCGCCCCGACAUCCAGCUCAAUACCCGCAUCGUCUCAGCCCGCUGGUCUGAUGACGAGCACCGUCGGUGGAUCUUUGCAGAUGAGACUGGCCGCUCGUACUCCGCCAGAUUUUUCAUUUCGUGCCUCGGUUUCCUCUCAAACCCCACCCUACCUGCCAUUCCCGGCAUCCAGGACUUCGAGGGCCAAGCCUUUCACACGUCGCGUUGGCCAACUGACAUGAGCCACCGUGACGUGGUCGCCGGCAAGCGCGUGGGAAUCAUCGGCACUGGUGCAACCGGCAUCCAAACCAUCACCGCCCUGGCCAAGAUUCCUGAGCUCAAGUCGCUAACCGUCUUCCAGAAGCAGGCCAUGUGGGCUGCGCCUCUGCGUAACACCACUAUCUCUAAGGAGGAUAUGAACGAGGAACGAAAGAAUUACGCAGAGACAUUUAGGUUACGCAGAGAAUCCCCAACCGGCUUCAUUCACUCGCCUGAUAAGCGCAAAUCCAACGAGGCCACCCCCGAAGAGCGCCUUAAGCUUUGGGAGAGCCUUUAUAACAAGCCUGGUAUGGGCAAGUGGCUGAGUGUCUUCUCUGAUACUUACACGGACCGUGAGGCCAAUAAUUUAUACUCGGCCUUUAUGGCCGAUAAGAUUCGGGCCCGGGUCAACGACCCAGAGAUCGCUGAGAAGCUCGUCCCUAAGGAUCAUGGCUUCGGUCUUGCCCGUGUGCCUCUUGAGAGCGGCUACUACGAGGUCUAUAACCAGCCCAACAUCCACCUUGCCGAUAUCAGCGUCAAUGGUAUUGCGAAAAUCACCCAUACUGGCAUUACCCUGGAAGACGGCACCAACUAUCAGCUAGACGUGCUAAUCUACGCCACCGGCUUUAACGCCAUCACUGGCGCUUUCGUCAACGUCGACUUCCGCGGUAAGGACAACGUCCCGCUCAUGGCCCAGAGCGGCGAAGCCGACGCCGACCGCGCUGCCUGGCUUGACUUUAUGCCCCAAACAUACCUCGGCAUUACGGUACCCAAGUUCCCCAACAUGUUCAUGGUCCUUGGACCUCACCAGCCUUUUGGCAACGCCACGCCCAAUAUUGAGCACGCUGUCAAAGUGGUCACCAGUAUGCUCGAGACGUGUUACGAGAAGGGUAUUACUUAUGUCGAAGCAACCGAGGAGGCUGCUGACUACUGGAACAACCACGUCGUCAGGGGUAGCGAGGGUGCUCUUCUCAACGAGGUGGAUAGCUGGAUGACCGGUAUCAACAGAAACGUCGGCAGAGUCAAGCGCGGCGUGGUCCGCUAUGCUGGAAGCGCCUUAGAAUACCGAAGGCAAUGCGCAAAAGCCAAGGAGAGCGGGUGGGAUGGUCUUGUCAUGCUCAAGGACCAGGGCGCAAUGCAAGAAGCCGACCCAAGCAGAACCUUGGCCAAGUUGUAG